CGAGGGCCUGGCUUCCAACUGCGACGCCCAGGAGGCGCCCAUUUCCCCCUCAGAAGAAGGCUGUUAGGACCCAACUUGAGGGCCAUCUCCCCCUCAGCGUUGUGGAGGGGAAGGCUUGGGAAGCCAAGAAGGGGCCGCAGCAGCUAUGAGUGUUGACCAAGUUUCAUCCUUGUUUAGUCAAGGAACAACAAAAACAUACCACAUUCCUAUUGAGCAUCUGGACUAUAAAUUCAUAGAACAAUGUACUGAUGUUAAGUAUUUGGAAAAGAUUCUCAGGAUACUAAGAUCUGGUGAAGAAGGCUUCUAUCCUGAUCUUAUAUUGUUUUGUGAAAAACACAUUGAGUCUUUGGCUCCAAAUAGCAGAGCUUUACGAAGAGAUAAACCUGCAGCGACUGUUUCUGACUUUUCUGCUGAGGAAUGGGAAAAAAUAAACAAUGAAAUAAAGAGUUGGGUUACAGAGAUGAAAGAAGAGGAAUAUAAAAUGCGGUAUGCUACAACUGAUGUUUUCAAGGACCAUCUGGAAAAUUUGCCACCAGUUCGUAGUUCAGACUGGCAUCCCAUUUGUCAGAGUAAAACUUCAAAAAACAGAGAAGUAAAGAAGAAAAAUGUACCGAGGGAUUAUAGAGAGUGGGAUAAGUUUGAUGUGGAAAAAGAAUGUUCAAGAAUGGAUGGAAAUGAAGGAAACCAGUUUUCUAAAAGCAAUUUUAAUACUAGUAUAAAGUUACCAAAAAUGAAAGUAGAUACUACAGGUAUGUCUACAAAAGAAAAGAACUUUAUUGCUAAUCGUGAAAAAGAGAAGGGCAAUGAAGCCUUUGUCACAGGAGAUUACAAAGAAGCAGUUGCCUACUAUAUGCGGAGCAUAUCUGCAUAUCCCACUGUGACUGCAUACAAUAACAAAGCUCAGGCAGAAAUAAAACUUCAGAACUGGCAUGUUGCUGUUCAUGAUUGUGAAACUGUAUUAAAAAUGGACCCUGGAAACAUAAAAGCUCUUUUGCGCCGUGCUACUGCUUACAACAAUUUACAAAAUUUCAAAGCAGCUGCAGAAGAUUUAAAAAAAGUGUUACAAAUGGAACCUGAAAAUGUUACAGCUAAGAAGAAGCUCUCAGAUAUUGAGAAGAAUCUGAAAGAGCCAGAGUGUAUACCUCAGAGUCAGACCAAGGGGAGAAAAAUAUUUAUUCAAGAUAUAGAAGAAUCUGAUGAACAAGAAGGAAGAAAUGAAGAAGAACUAGAAGAUGGCAGUAGAGAAAAAAAAGCGGCUGUGCUAGUGGGAGGAGAUAUCACAAGUGAGAAGACUGACAUGGGGAAUGCACAAAAGAAGUUCCCCAGCAAAGGAGAUGGUUGUAAAGCAGAACAUAAGGAUGCUCAGAAGACCAGAGACCCUUCAGAGAAUAGUAAAAAAGGUUUUCCUGAAAAAAAGAAAGAACAUGUUUUGCAAGAUUGUGAAAGUAAAGUAAAUGGCUAUUUGAGCAGUGGCAAAAAUAAUAAUGAAAACAGAGAAGAAAAAACGAAGGUUGCAGAAUCAUCCUCAGCUGGAACAAGCAGACCUACCUUGCUUCCUCCUACUGCAGCAACACUGAAAGCUGAAGGAAAUGAAUUAUAUAAGAAUGGGCAGUUUGGAGAAGCCGCCAUCAAGUAUUCAGAAGCAAUUGAAAAUGUAAUCAGUUCAGGAAUCCAAAGUCCAGAGGAUCUAAGUAUUUUGUAUUCAAACAGAGCAGCAUGUUAUUUAAAAGAAGGAAACUGUACUGACUGCAUUCAGGACUGUAACAGUGCACUGGAACUUCAUCCAUAUUCUCUCAAACCUCUCCUGCGUCGAGCAAUGGCCUAUGAGUCUAUGGAACGAUAUCGCCAAGCAUAUGUUGAUUUUAAAACAUUACUACAAAUAGAUAGUGGAAUCCAGGUAGCAAAUGACAGUGUGAACAGGAUAACAAGAAUGUUAAUAGAUCAGGAUGGCCCAAAUUGGCGAGAAAAGCUGUCCCCGAUUCCUGUUGUUCCUGUAUCUGCCCAAUUACAUUGGUGGGAUGGAGGAAACGUGACUUCAGAGACAAAACUGGAUAAAACUUCACCCAGGCAUGGUGGUCAGAAAUCACAGAUUUCUAGUGGAAAUUCAGAAGAGAUGUUCAAGAUUCUUAAGAAGCAGGGAAAUGAAUUUGUGAAAAAGGGUAACUAUGAAGAAGCACUGAAAAAGUACAAUGAGUGUAUGAAGUUAAAUUCCCAGGAACUGACCAUUUACACUAACAGAGCCCUUUGUUGCUUGAAAUUGUCUCAAUAUGAAGAAGCCAAAAAGGACUGCGAUUAUGUUCUUCAGACAGAUGAUUCUAAUAUAAAAGCUUUAUAUAGAAGAGCUCUAGCAUACAAAGGAUUAGAGGACUACAAAGCUAGUAUUGAUGACCUGAAUAAAGUUCUUCUAAUAAAUCCAAGUAUCGAUGAAGCAAAGACGGAACUGCAAGAAACUACUCGGUUGCUUAAACUCAAAAAUGUUAUAACCAACAAACAAAAGCAAAGGAAAACAAUUGAAAUCCAAGAGGCAAAUGACUGUGAGGAAGAGGAGGAUGCCAACACCAAUGCUUCAGAGAAUGUUGAAGUAAAAUACCAAAGUGCUAAAGGAGAGCUUGAAACAACAGUGCCAUUGAAUAGCUCAGAGAAGCUGAUAAUUUCUAAACCAUCAAAUGCCUAUGAAUUUGGUCAGAUUAUAAAUGUUGUGAAUGCCAAUAAGGACAUCACUGCUUGUGCAGAGCUGUUAAGAAUGAUUGAGCCAAAAGAUUUGCCAGUAUUUUUGAGCAACAAAUUAGAAGGAAGUGUUUUUCUAAUCUUUAUCCAAGCUCUGCAAUCGGAUGCGUUUUGCCAGGACUCCUAUCUAGUGUACCAAUAUCUUGUCCAUCUGAGUAAAGCUGAAAGGUUUAAAAUGGUCCGGUCACUACUUAGUAAGAAUGAAGUGGAACAGGUUCAACGGCUGUUUGAUUCUCUUGCCAAAGAGCAAAAACAACAAUUUUCUUUAGAUGAUCUGAAAAGUCUUAAGAGAGACUUUGAACUUUAAACUAUUUCAUUUUGGAUUUUGCCUCUUGCAUGCAUUCCCUUGAUGCUUGUAAGACAGGUUUAUAAACUAUGCAGACUUGCAUGGGGGUAAAGUCAAUCUUUUAUCUGGACUGUUUGAUAAGCUGCACACUUUUCACAUGCAGAUUGAAAGUAUGUUUUUCCAUCCUGUAUAUAUUUUACCCUAUAGUGUACAUGUGCAUGACUGUAUCUUAAUAGGCCUGUUUACUCAUUACUUGGUUCAUUCAGUUGUAUCUAGAGAGACUUGGAAGCAGGCACAUUCCCCUCAUGGGGUGGGGUAGGGAUUAGUAACAGAACGGGAAUGGUCCUGAGCCUGAGGUAAGGAACACAAGCCAGCAAAAUCCUCAGUGCCAAGUGGACAGCCCCCCUUCUGUAACACAAUAUGUUGAUCUAAUAACUAGAAUAUACGCUGCUACAGUAACAUAUAUUCAUGUAGCUGUAUAUAUCCAUUCAUAAUUUUUUGGUUGUUUGGGUUUUUCUUAGAAUACCACCAACCUUCUGAAGAAGGUGUUGCUCAGAGAUGUCUUUGACAACAAGACAACUUCUUUGUGAGCCUGACUGGCUAAAAGGGAAUUGUGUCAUGUUAAAAGGCAUUUCCAGGGUGUUUUGUACUUAGUCUUUAUUUUUUUACUGCUAAGUGAGAUGGCCAUUCUGCACAACUAACUUUAGUGCAGUUGAAACCAGCCUUUGCUUCCAUUUACUACCAUGUCUACUUAGGGCAGACACUCACAUCUGAUUCCCAUCCAGUGUGGCUUUAAAGAAAAACAGUGGCUCAUUUCUUCUCCUCUUGCAUCAGUGCUCCAAUGAAAUAUGUACAGUUACAUGCUCUAAGGAGCUGAACAUGUAAACCAACUUAACUGCUUGAUGACAAACUGGUACAAGAAUGGUUUGAUUCUUUUCUGUGCUGCUUUUUGGAUAUAGAAAUGUACUUCUCAUGCACUACUGGUGAACAGUGGUGAGGAAGCAAAAUAAGAGAUGUAAAAUGAUUUGAAGCAAUAUAACUUAUGUUUUUAAACUGGACGCUAGUAAUUUAUUAUUAGAAUGUGUAUCAAAUUUUAUUAUGAGAGAGGCUGCUCAGGUACUUGUACUGUUUUAAAGGUGGUAUUACUUUGUGACAAUUCUUAAUUAAAUAUAACCAAUGUUCCCAUAUAGGCAAAGAGCUUACUUACUUGAAACUGUUUCCUUUGAAGAGCUUUUGCAACUAAUAUUUAAAAAAAUAAAAAAUGUGAGUUUACCUUUUCACUGCUAUAACACACUGAGGUAACAAUUUUAGUAUGUUUUCUAUGAGGCUGAUAAUAAUUUAGCUAUUGUUUAUAGUUCCAGUAUUUAUAUAACUUUGUUUCUUCACAACAAGUUGGUGGUUUUUGUAAACCUCACAACCUCACUUGUGUUCAUCUCUCUGUAGAUCAUUAGAAAAGAUAACUGGGCAAUGAGAGGAUAGAUGUCACAUUCCAGUGAAUUGUUAUGGUAGGAGAAAGGCAUGAUAUACUCUUGAUUAUUUCAUAAAAAUGUAACCAUUCUUAA